AUGGAAACCCCGUCUGUCAAGAGCCAACAGCCGCGAGUAACAACCAAGAAUGAAUCAUGGCCAGCGGCUUACAUUCAAUGGAUUAUAUUAUUCAUGUGCACGUCCUCCAGAUGUGAAAACUCCCUUGAGGGAACAGCACAGGCUCAGGAAUGGAUUAUCAAGAAAGGACCGUUGAAAAACUCGACCGGUCACAUUCCGACCGAAACAGUAUUCCCCUGGAAAGGUUGGCCGAUGACAUCCAGCCCAAGGAGACAGACAGGAGUCUAG